CACCCACCACCCUCACGCUUGAGCUUCAAAAUGAUAACAAAAUACCUCACCUCAAUAACCACAGCUUUCUCCCCAUUUAACGCGAAAUCCGGAAAAACAGCCCGAAAUUUCCUCGCAAUGCUACCCGCCAACGCGCGCUCGACCAUGGCAAUCGAUGUAAAAAUUCUCCCGCGAGCACAAGCCGAUCGGCCUGUGAUUUUGGAUUUGAAAUUCAAGGAUGGAAAGGAGAUGAAAUUAGAUUUGGAGAAGAUGAAGAUUAAAGAGAUUGAGGUUGAGGUGGAUAGACAUUCGAGGAGUUUGAAACGGAAGGAGGAUUUGGAGGGAUGAUGCAUGAGGAGGAGGAUUCAAUGGGGGAAGAAUGUUUAAGAUACCCAAGAUUUUUUGCUGUGAGAGAGAGAGAGAGAGAGAGACAGGAGAGGGCGUGUCUCAGCGCGAAUUGUAGCAUGCCGCGAACGGUUCGGAGAAUGCGCGCGCGAGAAAACGAAGACUGUGGUCAGGGUUCUGUGAUUCGAGAUGACGCGCAGUCUGGGAGAACGCGGGCAAAGGCAUAGAGCGAGGCACUUGAAGACAGCGCGCCGCUCGGGGCAAGCGCGAAAUUCCGUCCCAAGAUCUGUACAUAUGUAGGUCUACAUGGACUCCAAUCAUGAUGUCUAAAUACCAAACAAAAGCCACGGGUUCAGGGCGCCAUCCAGAUGCCAAUUGAUCAAUCACUGUCGUCCUCCACCAUCGCAAUGACAUGCGCAGUGUCAACAUCAUCAACUUUGUCAUCCUCCUCUUCGGGGUGCAAGAGCUCACCGAGAUGGGUGCUUUCAGCAAUAAUUUCACGUGCUCGGCUCUCCCAGUCGUCACCAGCAAGCUUCAUGUCCUCUUUCACGAGAAGCUCGACAAGAUGUGGAGCAAGCACGACUUGCACGAAGCCAGAUACGCCUCCUUGAACACCAGAUGUCGAAACGAGCUUGUCCUUUUUCGAUCGCUGUCGUAUAUCAUUUGUAAGGCGGCCAAUAAUGUGUUCGGUUAUUAACUUCGCUCCUUUGGGUCCAUAGUACCCCAUUGAUGCGCCCCCUCUGCUCUCGUGGCCCGUGAUGACGUGUUCUAGGUCUUUUCUGGACUUCUUUGAUUUACUCUUCAACUCGUCCCGGUAAUGCGAUUCCACCGUAUCAUUCACGAUAUCUUUGAGGAACGAGUCGUGUGCACGCAUCCUCCGCGAUAAUUGUUUCCAGUCGAUUUCAGGAUACCCUCGUUCUCGCCAUUGCGCUUCUGCCUUCUGCUGCUGAUGCCAUCUGCAAAACCGCCUUUGCCAUUUGUAAUUCAACUCGCGACCACGCAGGACCUCGUCUUGAAAGUCUUCCAGCAAUGACC